AUGUCCUCUAUGUACGAUGAUCCUCACAGGCAAGAUAUUGCUCAAACAGCCAUCAGAGCUUUGCGGCAAGGGCUCGGACCAGAUUUCAAAUGCUACCCUAAAGACACUUGGUGGAAUGAAAUUGGCCUUAUCAACCUGUGCCGCUUAGACCUCUCGGAACCCCUCAAUGACAACUUUGCACACCUUGACAUUCCUGAGUCGCUGGAAAAGGCGUUCCAGCUAGAUAGACGACUACGAGAAAGACAUCACGAGAAGGUAACUUUGCUCUCUGCCCUCAAGAACACCUGCUACUCCUUCCGGGUUCCAGCCACUUCCUUCCACAAAUCAGACUGA